UUUGCUACUCUCCCCACUGUAACUUCGCAAAGGUGUUCGAUUCAUUUAAAAGCAGCCUGUAUGUUUGCGUUUAAUUAACCACCGACAACGAUUUAAAUCGAAUAAUCUGCACCGGUUUUUAGGUUAACUUUGUAUUAAAAAUCUCUAUAAAGAUGCUGCCCUUGUCCUUAUUACGAACAGCCCAAAAUCAUCCUAUGCUUGUAGAAUUGAAAAAUGGCGAAACUUACAAUGGUCACUUAGUAAGUUGCGAUAACUGGAUGAACAUAAACUUAAGAGAAGUUAUUUGUACAUCCCGAGACGGCGAUAAAUUCUGGAGGAUGCCUGAAUGUUACAUCAGAGGAAGCACGAUCAAAUACCUCAGGAUUCCAGAUGAAGUAAUCGACAUGGUAAAGGAGGAGACCGCGAUAAAGAAUAGGGGUAGAGACAAUAAGGGUGCAAAAAGCCAAAGAGGACGACCUGCCACAAGAGGUAAUUUCGGCCGAGGUGGUGGGAAAACUGGAAAUAUUGGCGGACGAAAUCUUGCUCAAAAGACUAAACAGAAGUAACUAUAGACCAAUUUGUAUUUCACUUAAAUGGAGUAAGUUUAAUUCAGUGAUGUGUAUCAGUUUAGUUUCAUUUAUGAUGAUUCUUAAUACAUUUAUUUUAUUUA